AUGCCGUCUACGUCUGUAGCCCUGACGCCGGGCCUUGCGUCUUUCCUUAAAUCGCUCAAUACGAACCCGAUUGAUACUUCGAUCGAGAAUCUGGUCUCAUUGCUGAAACGUCGUCAGAUCCGCCAUUCUCGAUCAUGUGCUACCGCAACCGCCUACUUGCUUCUACGAGUGAUUUCAGCAUGUCGUACAUCCGAGCCCGUCAAGCUUAUUGAGCGAGUGCAGAGCGUGGGCAGACGCCUGAUUGCUGCGCAGCCCAGAGAGAUGGUGGUGGGGAACAUUGUGCGACGAGUACUCGGUCUCAUUCGCGACGAAGCAGAAGAUGAUCGCGAUGCUGAGUUCGCUCUCAGCGAAGCUGGGUCAGAGAGUCAGCCCCAGACUCCUCGUGGUUUUGACGACUCAUCACUACCUUUGGACCGAGAUAUGCUGCGAACAGAGGCGGAUAGAGCUGCAUCUCGGCCUCCUCUGACGUCCAUGUUCAGUCUCCUUUCCCACCCAGUGGAAGAUAACUCACCGGCGAGCACACCGGGCACACAAUCGCCGAGAGGCUUCCCUGGACACGGCCCCGGCAAGGAUGUGCGCGCAGAGGUGCUGGAGGGCAUAAACGAAAUUAUCGACGAGCUGGACCAAGUAGACGACCAGAUCUCGUCUUAUGCAUUGGAGCAUAUCCAUUCCAAUGAAAUUAUCCUCACGCAUACCUCCUCCACAACAGUGCAGAAAUUCCUGCUCAAGGCCGCAUCCAAGCGCAAGUUCACAGUCAUCCAUGCCGAGUCUUUCCCCAACAACCACGACGCUACACACGCCACUGUCAGCGGCGCUUCCCCUGUCGACGAGGAGAACCUGAGCUUCGAAGCUUUCCAGAAGCCGCUGAUCGCCCUCGGCAUCACCGUCAUCCUCAUCCCGGACUCUGCAGUCUUUGCUCUUAUGUCCCGUGUCAACAAGGUCAUUCUUGGCACUCACUCCGUCCUUGCCAACGGCGGUCUUGUCGCCGCGGCUGGCACCCGAGUAAUUGCCCGCGCCGCCAAGGUCCACCAGACCCCCGUCGUGGUUGUCAGCGGUGUCUACAAACUUAGUCCCGUCUAUCCUUUCGACUUCGACUCGCUCAUUGAGUACGGCGAUGCCAGCAAGGUCCUUCCCUUUGAGGAUGGUGACCUUGUCGACCAAAUUGAUGUCCAAAAUCCUCUCUAUGACUACGUUCCUGCGGAACUGGUCGAUCUCUACAUCACCAACCUUGGUGGCCAUGCCCCGUCUUAUCUUUACCGUAUCGUGUCUGAUCACUACCGUAAAGAGGAUAUUAGCUUUUAG